CAAACAGACUUUUCGAUGAAAUUGUUUGAUCCGAAUUUGAUGGAAACAUGCUCAUUUCUGGAAGAAAUAACUAGAGAAAGAGCCAGCUGUCUGUUGGCAUACGUGCAAUGUAAAGGUUUGGUGAAAUGGUUGAAAAAGACGAUGCAUAAAUUGAAAGAACUGAAGGUUUUUGUUGAUCUGGCUUUGAUGUCUGCGGGAGAUGUCCCGUUAAUGAUGGACAAAGUUAAAUGUCUUCAUACGGCAGUUACUGGAUAUGCGCCACUCAUUUUCGAGUUAGAAACUAACUCCGGCUGCAAGGAACUGCUUGAAUACUGUCAGAUUGUUUGGAAAGAAUUAGAAUCUAAUUCCAACCUUCCAAAGAUGCUGAUUGAUACAAAUAAUGAGCUGGCAUGGCUUAAAGAUAUCGCAAAAGCACAAGGAUCAGUCGAGGUCACAUCUUUCAUGCAAGCCGACGCUAUCAACAGUUGUGGCGUUUAUACUAUCGGCAAAAUGGCGGUAGAAAACGCUUUUAAACUCACAGUGCGAGAGGAAGCUGGGAAGCGACAGAAAAGAGACUACACGCUCGUGCAGCUUCAGGACUUAACAAGCCGGUUGAUGCUAGUCGCGGGAAAUACUGAAAAGGGAAAUGAGAACGUUGAAAACUUUGUAACGACAUUUGAUGGUAUUAUGAGAUUAUGCAACGUAUACACUAAACUUUGUUCAGCUGGAUGCGUACUUUUCCAUGAAUGGUCGGUAAGGUGUCUAUGCGAUGUUAGCAAGCCAGUUGCAUUGAUACUGCAGUUUGGACAGGGCAAAGAUAUACCAACAAUUAAGGGUUUUAGGUCACCAAAAGAAGACUUAAAGGAGUUGGUUCCAGAGCUCGCAAAAUUCAUGGAAAAAUGUUUAAAGCAGUGGUUGCAACAUAUAAAUGACAAACGGAAACAAUACAUACAUCUGAAUUACUUUACAGUAGACCAGCUUGUUAUCCUGCAGACGGAACUUGUGAAAGUUGGUACUGAUCAACUCCCGUCAAAUCUUGUGUAUCCACUGAUUUCAGCAGUAAAAAAGACCUGUACCCAUGAUGAUUUAGUGGAAGCAAUGAUUAGUGCAAAAGAUGACAUUGCUGACAGCAAACAUCAAGACAAGCAUAAAAACGGUAAUGCUAAAGAAAGUUUUAUCAUUCAUAUUGAGGAAGAAGAUGAAAAGAGAAAAACUUUUAAAGAUGAGCUUGUUAAAGCUGGAUAUGAUUUAGAACUAGCAACAAAAGCACUUGAUCAUGUUGAUCCUGAAGAUAUAUCUGAAGGUAUAGUAUGGUGCAUGAUGAAUGAAGACACAGCAGAAACAGUUGAAAAUGAAAUUGGUUAUAGUGAGGUUAAAGCAGAGGGUGGAGAAUCACACUUCAGAGGCUGGAAUCAAUCCGACACAUCUCUUUCAGCUAUGAUCAAUGCCAGUGUAUCUAAGCUUACUAAACGGCCUGAUGAAGGCUCAGAGCCGCUACUCAACAAGUUGUUUACACUGUGGGAACAAUUCCUCCACUCUGUAACUUCAAGCAUACAAGAUUAUCUCAGCUUGGAGCAUCUUGGACUUAUCCUAAAGCAUUUAGCUGCUAAAGAUUCGAGGUUGAUAAAAAGAUCACUACCGCCAAGUUUUUCUGUAGGAGAGCCAAACGUACUUGUGUGUCCGUCAGCUGAUGUGAUAGUGACUACGUUAUCAAUGUACAUGCGAGACAGACACCAGCCAUUACCGCAGUCUGAUGAAAUUUUACUGUGUACAGACAAGACAACUAAAGAUGAGGUUGACAUAUUUUGGCGACGAGCAAUAUUUGGAAGAAGUUGCAAACUUUAUUGUUUGAUGUAUGCUGAUGUUCUACGAUACGACGUGAGCGAAGCAGCAGAGAGAUGUCUUGAUGAAUAUUUGAAAGAGACACAUUUUUCCAAGGAUUUGAACUAUCAAUUGAUUGUAAUUUGUGGUUCGGACAAUGAGUACAGGUCAACAAUUGUAUCGUCCCUGGACAAAUACAAGAAACAACCACUUCCAAUUAAUAUUUCCCGCGUCCGUGAGUAUGUAGCAUCAAAAUUGCGGACUGAGGAGGACGACAAUAUUGGAAUCACUCCUGCGGCCUGUAUUGACAGCGAACGAUCAACUGUAAGGUUGAUAAAAUCGUGGAGAGCAGGUGUUGGAAAAUCACUUUUCAAGACAAGACAGGAGGAAAAACUAUUAGCUUUAAACAAAGAUAUUGAAGUUAGAAGAGAUGUCGUAUCUAUUCCGCUGCAUGAAAAAACUGUAGAUAUGCACAAUAUUAUACAGAAAUUACUUGAAUACACGCACACACCAUCGGAAAUGACAGCUAGACUCUUUCACAUAGAUAUUGCACAUGAGGUCGAAAAUGGUGUAGAUAACCUUCUGUUCAAUCUCUGCAUCCUUGAAUGUCUAACAGACAUGGCUGGGUAUGUAUGGAGAAAAUCACCUACAGAUAUUUAUCUGAUUGAAAAUAUGCCAUUAUUGGUGGAGGAAACAAACAAACGUGGAAAGGAAUUGCACUAUGUUCAUGCAAUGCUGUCUUUUUUACCUGACUUGACAUGUAGAUCACCAAAAGAAAGCUUGAAUGUAUACAAGGGGAUAGGAAUCAGACCAAAUGAUUUCAAACAUUCCGAUCAACUUUUCGAUACAAAAAUGUUUCGAAGUCCAGUGUUUCAAAGAACAUUUCAGUACUUGCUUCGAUUGGAGCAUAACGUGACUUUUGAAGGUGUGCAUCCCCAUGUAUCAGAAGGAACACCUGAAAUGUGCUUGGAUAUUUUAUUGAGGUAUUGCGGGAUUAAGGACCCUUCCUGGUCGGAGAUUCAUCAUUUUGUAUGGUUUCUCAAUACUCAACUUGAAACAUUUGAAGAGAACAGCUUUGUUGGUCCGGCCGCUGAUCAACAUUUGCCUGGAUUUGGAACCUUUCUACUAAGAUUUCUGAUCCUAAUGUCAAGAGUAAGCUAAACAUGAUUUGUAUAAAUU